GUAAGGGGCAUCACAAAUUAAUCCCCACCAUCCGAGCUCUAUAUAAACUGCAGAAACCUCCUACCAAAUUCCAAAGCAACUGAAGCUACAAAUUAAUAUGGCUUCUUCCUCCUCCUGUGCUUGGUGUCUGGUGGUGUUGGCGGUGGCCAUGGCGGCGGCGGCGGCGCCGUCGUCGCCGGCGGCGGCCGACCCGACGGACGGCUUCACGGCGGUGAGGCUGGGCGAGAGGAACUUCCAGCUGCAGUGGCCGUACGACGUGAAGAACAGCUCGAGGUACAGCUUCGACGGAACGGUGAGGCGGCUGUGGGUCUUCUCCGACGACAAGCCCCACACGCCGCGGAGCAAAACCAAACCAAGGACGGAGAUCAGGAUGACGCUUGAUGGUUGUGAUGCCAGCUAUGCAAAAUUACUGACAAGUUAAUCAGACUUUACAUUCAAAUCAUACAAUAUCCUACGGCUCUGCACGUGUUAUUCCAUCUUUACUUCCGAAGGUAAAUUCCUUCUUAAACACAGUCAAAUCUUACAAGCAAUAUCCUUGCCAUGAAUAUUACCUUUAAUAUCAUGGUUUCCAUUUCCACAAUGAUCCACAGAUGAAAAAAAAAGAGCAUCUCAUAUACAUGUUGACAUUCUAUUUGUUUGUAAAUGAUCUAUUGCUCUAUUCAAGGAUGAAAUUAUCAUUCAUAAAAGUACAUAUUGCCCUUCAUAUAUGACAUUUCUUAUUCUAAAUUCAUCUGAUGCUUUAGUUCACGAAGAAUCAUGUGAAGAUGCUCUUUAUUUGUAUUAUACACCAUAUCAAAAACAAAUCAUUAAGAUUAAUUCUUAUAUUUGUCGAUUAUUCAGAGUGUGCUGGCUACAAAUUGAUGUCAGUGAUGAUGAGUUUGCAAGAAAUCUGAUCUGUCUUUUAACUCAACGUCACAUAGUAAGAGAGUCAAUACUGGUAAUAAAAUCAUAGAUGGAAUCAAGCUACCUAGGUUAACAGCCAAUUGAGCAUAGAUAGUCCAUUGUUCAUCAUAGACUUGCAGCCAAUCACCUGUAUUUGUCAUACUUUGUCAUGUUUGUACUUCCAAUUAAAAUCAUGUCACCUCCAUGUUUUUUCUACUUAGGUAUUUAUCUUCUAGGUUUAUAGGAUGGAAUAUUUCUCGAAUACACUUUUGUCUAUGUAAAUUAUAGGUGUUCUGUAUAGAAAAAUUUUCCCAUCAGAAAUCUUUAUGUUUGUUCAUAUGUUAAAUAUUUUGUUUUGCUUAAGCUCCCCGCGGCAACGCGUGGGGUUCUGACUAGUAUAAUAAGGUAGUUCUGCCACUGAUGAAGCGCUGCCUGCUCCUGGGCCGUCGUCACCGGGCUUGCGAACCACAAUUGUUAAGGAUGAUGAAGGUUUGGCAUUCUUGCCUGUGCCUAACUUGCAGUGACUGAUCAACACCAAAACAAUAUUCAGAUUGUCUACCCAUCAACGAACCAUCCUUUCACCUCUGGCUCUGUGGAAGCCGGAUGAAAUUGAGAGAGCAACAUCGCCGGGGCUUUGACACCAUUGCAACGCUGGUGGCCUGGUCGAUUUGGAAGGAGCGAAAUAAACGGAUCUUCAAUCAGCAGUCCAAGUCUUGGAUCGAAGUAGCGAAAGUAAUGGUGGAAGAAGCCGUACUUUGGAAGUCGGCAAAUGCAGGGGUCCCUUCCAUAUUAUCUCUGCGAGGUCGUGGUAGCCAAAUCUAGCGCGAGAUAUCCCGUUAGAUCGCUAGUCUCCAGUAUCAGUCCCGUGCUUGUUUUUCAUUUUUCAUUGUAAAUAACUUUUAUUUCUCUUAAUGAAAAAAAAUGCGCUCCUUGCGUAUUCCUAAAAAAA